AUUUCAACAGGACGUUCUCUAGCCAUCAUGAAGAUUCAAGCACUCACGACUCUUGCUCUCGUAGCAGUCUUCCUUCGGAUAGUAAACUGCGCUCCAGAAGAAAAUGCUACGCUGGAAGACCGAACUUGUGCUAAAAGAGACGCGGACGCAAAAAAAGUUACUGGAACCGUGGAAAGUUGCAGUUAUCAUUGCCAACCUGGCGAGGGAUACAGUAAUUACAUAGAACACUACUAUCCAGAUGGUACGCCAUGCGAGUACAACAGUGCACUGACAAGCAAGUGCAUGAAAAAGUUAUGCCGUCAUCCAGAAGACGAUAUAUUCAAGAAAGAGGGAAAAGAGAAUCCAGGAAACGAAGAAGAAGGAAAGAAAGAGGCUAAGGAAGAAGACGAGGGAGAGGAAAAGAAAGAGGAUGAAAACAAUGAGGAGGAAAACAACGACGAGGAAAACAAAGAGGAGGCAAACCAAGAGGAGGAAAACAAAGAGGAGGAAAAUAAAGAGGAGGAAAACGAAGAGGAGGAAAACAAAGAGGAGGAAAACGAAGAGGAGGAAAACGAAGAGGAGGAAAACAAAGAGGAGGAAAAUAAAGAGGACGAAAAGGAAGGGGAGGAGACGCAUGACUAAAAACGAAAAGGAGGGGGAAGAAGUACACGAAGAAUAAAAGAUGACGAAGAUGGUGGAGGUACACAGGACAUUGAGAAAAAAAACUAUAAGUCAGGCAAACAGA